AUGGAGACACUGCGGCAGCUGAACAAGGCGAUGGAGACACUACACGGGUCUGUUGUUAGGGCCAAUCAAGCACCUCUGGAGCAAAGUCUAAAUGACGAACAUUUAGUCAAUAGGGAAUCGAUCAAUAAUACAACACAGCAUCUGCAUGGAACUAGCUCCCAUCCCGAAAAUGCGCCCGGAACAGAAGGACCUGGGCCAUUAGACUCAAGUCAACGCAUUUCAACAGUCCCAACUACGUCUGUUACUGCUCCUCCUGACAGACCUCCUGCAAGGGACCAGCCAGAUACUGAAUUGUCUACUCAUCAGUCUCAUGAGCAGCAAAGCUCUGAUCGAUAUUUGCCUUCAGACCACAACACUACUACUCUCCCAACUACGUCUGCUACUGCUCCUAACCAACCUCCUGCAGGGGACCAGCUAGGUGCGGAAACGCUUAUUCAACAAUUGAGCAGAUUGAUGUAUGGAAACGAUAGCAGCGGAAUGGUUCAAUCUGGUGGAUCAGCAUUUCAGCAAGCGACUCAGUGUCUCUCGGGAAGCGACGCUAGCUCGGGCUGGACACCUCAGGCCGCAAUUGCAGCUGUUGUGGCAGGUAUCGGAGCAGCCAACGCCGGAGGAGUAAUUAACAAUUCCCUCGCAGCUCAACGAAAUGCAACGGUUGCCAAUGAUCAGUUGGUUCUUUCUCGUCAAAUCUUCGACCAUACGAAGUACGUGGAUCUCCAAAACAUCAAUAUAAAAGAAAGAGAGCUGGCUAUGGCACAGGAGACACACGAACUUGAGAAGGCGAAGCGAACAGCCGAGAUAGCAAAAUUGAACGCGGAAAUCACGAUCCAGAGAGAGCACACUUCAAGACACCUAGCUGCAACGGAUGAACUACUGCAACUACUGCACCUGAUGCUAAAAUUGGGGUGGAUAGUCGCUCCGAGGCAUAACCCUGGAGAUGAAGAUGGAUCGCCAGGUGACUUCCCUGGUGAAGCUCCAGACAGUCAAGCGCAGGCUAUUUUGAAUAAUUUACGUACCACAGCAUCCGAGAAUGGAAAUCGGCAUGUUCCUGUUGGUGAAGCAAGCGCUAGUCCAGUGGGAGGUGCAUACGAGGAGCCACCGGUAACACUCGGCCCCCCAUCUAACCAUGAGCGCGCCCGUGCCCCGAGGAAUCCAAGGCAAAAUUCACCAACUUUAGAAUCUACACCUGGUCGUGAAUCAAUGACUCAUGUUAGCGAAAGUGAGGAGGGUAAUCAAUUGGAUAACAGCACAGCAGUAGCGGCGUAA